GCAGCCUGCAAUUCACGAAGAAGAAGAAGACCUACUACAUAUUUAUAUCUUCAUUCACUUCAGUACUCGCAUACCCUGAAUUCAGUUCACGACGGAGAAGAAAUAGUUUCCCUGAUCUGAUUGAGAUUCGCAGUUGUUGAGGAGGGCACGCUUUAGUUUUCAUUGUUAACAUAGCAACAAUGGCAGAACCUCACACGAACAAUCUUGUGGACGAAAUAAACAAGAAGAAGAAACGUAAGAGAAGUGGGAAAAAGAAGAAUCUUGCUAUCUCUGAAGAGGAGACAGAGCCAGAGACUGAAAAUUGCGUCGGUAUAGAGGAGGAACUGGGUGAAGGGAUUGAGUCUGAUGGAAACAGGACAGAGGAGAGUGCAUUGAAGAAGAGAAAAGGGAAGGAAGAGAAGAAAAAGUCUAAGAAAUCUAAGAGAGAGGAGUCUAUAAAGGAUGAUGAUGAUGGAGAAGAGAUUAAAGAAGAAGAAGAAGAUGUGGAGGUGGAAAAUAAGGAAGAACCGAAAAAGGAGAAGAUUGGAAAGACGAAUAGUGGGUCUGGGAUCAUGACUACAGAGGCUUUUGAGUCAUUGCCACUAUCUGAACCAACUUUGAAGUCUAUCAAGGAAAUGGGGUUCAAAUAUUUAACUGAGAUCCAAGAAAAAUCAAUUCCACCUCUUUUGCUAGGCAAGGAUGUUCUUGGAGCUGCAAGGACAGGUUCUGGAAAAACACUAGCUUUCCUCAUUCCAGCAAUUGAGCUAUUGAGUAAUAUUCGUUUUAACCCUCGCAAUGGGACUGGGGUAGUCAUUAUUUCUCCAACCAGGGAGCUUGCUAUACAGACCCAUGCAGUGGCAAAGGAUCUUUUGAAGUAUCACUCUCAAACCCUGGGUUUAGUUAUAGGUGGUGCAAAUCGCAGAUUUGAAGCAGACCGCCUUGCGAAAGGAGUUAAUAUAUUGGUUGCUACCCCUGGUAGACUUCUUGACCACCUACAAAAUACAAAAGGUUUCAUCUACAAAAACUUGAAGUGCUUCAUUAUUGACGAAGCUGAUAGGAUUUUGGAAGCCAAUUUUGAGGAAGAAAUGAAGCAAAUCCUUAAUAUUCUACCGAAGUCAAGGCAAACCAUGCUCUUCUCUGCAACUCAGACAAAGAAGGUUGAGGAUCUUGUCCGUCUAUCAUUUCAGACAACUCCGGUCUUAAUAGAUGUGGAUAGUAGCCGCAGGAAGGUCACGAAUGAAGGAUUGCAGCAAGGCUAUUGUAUUGUGCCGAGUGCAAAAAGAUUUGUACUUUUAUAUUCCUUCUUGAAGAGGAAUCUCAACAAGAAAGUGAUGGUUUUCUUUUCCUCCUGCAACUCUGUCAAGUUCCAUUCUGAACUCCUCCAAUAUGUGAAUGUGGAAUGCUCUGACAUACAUGGGAAGCAAAAGCAGCAGAAACGAACUACCACAUUUUUUGAUUUCUGCAAAGCUGAGAAGGGAAUCUUACUAUGUACAGAUGUUGCUGCUCGUGGUCUCGAUAUUCCUGCUGUUGACUGGAUUAUUCAGUAUGAUCCUCCAGAUGAACCAAAGGAGUAUAUUCAUAGAGUUGGUCGUACAGCUCGUGGAGAAGGAGCAAAAGGAAGUGCUUUGCUUUUCCUAAUCCCUGAAGAAAUGAAGUUCUUGCACUACCUUAAGGAACACAAGGUUCCAGUGAAGGAGUUUGAAUAUGAUGAUAAAAAGAUGGCAAAUGUUCAAUCACUCUUGGAAAAAUUGGUGAUGAACAAUUAUUAUCUGAAUAAAUCAGCUAAGGAUGCAUACAGAACUUAUAUUUUAGCUUACAAUUCACAUUCCAUGAAGGAUGUCUUUAAUGUCCAUCGUCUUGAUUUAAAGGCUGUAGCUGCAUCAUUCUGUUUUGAUAAUCCUCCAAAAGUAAAUAUAAACAUUGAUAGCAGCGCAUCCAAGUUCAGGAAAACAUCACGAAAAGGUGAAGGAAGCCGGAAUGGUUUCAGCGAGAAUAAUCCUUAUGGAAGACAGAAAAGCGAAGACGAUACACGACAAUUCGUUAGGUAUUAAUUAAACAUGAUAAAUUGCAAAAUGUACGAUUCUUCUGCGGUUGGAGAUUCUUGUUAGUUAUUUCUCAUAUUGAUUGAAUUAUUUGGGAUUAAUAGCUCAAUUUUGUUAGCAUAGUGUGGAGAAUUCACUUAAAAAACAAAAGUUUCAGGGUUGAGGCAAUGUGAUCUAAAUGUGUUCUGUUGAAUGACUUAUAAUAUAAGUGUUGUAAUGAAGCUAAAGAUUUUUCAUGUUGA